AUGGAUGAAAAAGAAAUACCUAGUCUGGCUGAAAUUCAUAUAGCGGCAAGUCAUCUUCGUUCUAUAUCGUUACCAAUUACACCUAUUCUAACAAGUACAUUAUUAAAUACAUUAACAGGAAGAAAUGUUUAUUUAAAAUGUGAAAAUUUUCAACGUACAGGUUCAUUUAAAAGUCGUGGUGCUCUUAAUGCUGUACUUAAUGCAAUGAAAGUUGACCCAAAUUUAAAAGGUUUUGUUACACAUUCAUCCGGUAAUCAUGGACAAGCAUUAGCUUAUGCUGCAUCAAUUGUUAAACGGCCAUGUGUUGUUGUUGUUCCCCAAGGUACACCAAAAAAUAAACUAGAUGCUAUUGAAAAUUAUGGUGCAGAAAUAGUUAUUUGUGAACCAAUACCAGCAAGUCGAACAUCGGUUUGUUUACAAAUUAGUCAAGAACGUGGUUUUUUAAUUAUACCACCAUUUGAUCAUCCAGAUGUUAUUGCUGGUCAAGGAACAAUUGCCGUUGAACUUCUUGACCAAGUACCUAAUCUUGAUGCAAUCUUAGUACCAGUAAGUGGUGGUGGUCUUAUAAGUGGUAUUGCUUUAUAUACUAAACGUAUUAAUCCAAAUAUUCGAAUAUAUGCAUGUGUACCUGAAGGAAAAAUGCUUGAAGAAUGUUUAAAAGAAGAAAAACGUCUAUGGCCUGAACCUUCUCAAUUUCUUAAAACAAAAUGUGAAGCAUGUCGUUUACAACAAUGUGGUAUACUUACAUUUCCAAUAAUGUGUUCAUUAGUUGAAAAACAAGUAUUUGUUAUAUCCGAUAAAAUAAUGAUUAAUGCAACACGAUUUGCAUUUGAACGACUUAAAUUAGUUAUUGAACUUGCUGCUGGAUUAUCACUUGGUGCUUUAUUAACUUAUUUUGAUCAAUUAGAUCCAAAUAUUCGUAAUGUAGGUAUUAUUUUAUGUGGUGGCAAUAUUGAUUUAAGUGUACCAUUACCUUGGUUGCAAGAAGAUAAUCAAUAA